GAGCCGUAGUGGUGGGGAUUCAGCCCGGGGGACAUCGAACAAAGGUUGAUCGCGUCGAGAGCCGCAUUCACGAUUCAAACAUGGCAGCGGCUACCAGCGUUGUCGUCCUGGACAGGGGCAACAAUACCACCUGCACGAUCAAUUUACACGGUGCGACCGUUGUUUCAUGGCGUGUGAACAAUCAGGAGCAACUCUUCGUUAGUAAGCAGGCUGUAUUCGACGGGAAGAAGGCCAUUAGAGGAGGCAUACCAUUUGUCUUCCCACAAUUUGGACCCUGGACGUUCGGUCCACCUCAUGGAUUUGCCAGGAUCGUUCGUUGGAAUGUUGAAAAAUCGCCAGAACGAUUGCCUAGCGGAGACGUCGAAGCAAUAUUCUCGAUAAUGGAUAGCGAAUUUACACGGUCAAUGUGGAACUACUCGUUCAGAUUAACGUACAGGUUAAUCCUACGAGAGAAAGAACUUCACUUCCACAUUGGCGUAUAUAAUCCCAGCAAGGAUCAUACCUUUAGCUUUAAUAUUUUGCUACACACCUAUUUCAAAGUUCCAGACGUUAGGAGAUGCCAGAUUACAGGAUUGCAUGGAUGCACAUUUAUUGACAAGACAAGGGAUAACCAGAUCUUUCAAGAAGGUCGUGACGUGGUAACAGUAUGCGAAUGGACCGAUAGAAUCUAUCAGAAUACGCAGGGUGAGCACAUCAUCACGAACGUAGUUUCCGGAAGGAAGAUGCGCGUACAAAAGUACAAUUUCCCGGAUACAGUGGUUUCGAAUCCUUGGCAAGAGAAGGCUCGUGAUAUACCAGAUUUUGGAGACGAUGAAUUUCCUAAUAUGAUAUGCGUCGAGAGUGGACACGUCAGUAGUCCGGUGAUACUUUUACCGGGCAUGACUUUUGAAGCCAGCCAGAUAUUGCAGGUGAUGUGAGUAGAGGGUGGACCAAGUUCUCACGCAAGCAGUGCCACCAGCAGUAGCGGUGCAUUGCUUCCGUCCGUCGUCUCCUCGGCUUCGAGUACGACCGUUUGGUCGAGCACCAAUCCAGGUUGGCGUUACAUGCCACCACCACCACCGCCUCCA